CGAAAACAAAUACAGACUAAAACAAAACUAAGUCAACAAAACUUAUACUAAGUCAAAACCCUCCAAAAAAAUCCACAAAAUCCCCACCCUAUCCCUCUCCUUCUCUCUCAAACCUCAAUUCCAAACCUCAACAACUCAAUCAACAACUUCCAAAUGUAAUAAAAAUGGACACCAUAAACACUUCACCCUCCACACCAGGUAAACUAAAACCAGAAAAAUACCACCCACCUUACAACAUCCACCGUAUCAGAUUAUCAAAACUCACUCUAUACUCUUCAAUCUUCCUCGCUCUCAUCAUUUUCUUCUUCAUCCUCUCACCUCCUUCCCCCUCCCCUUCAUCACUUAAAACCCGUAACUCAUGGGGCGGACCCGAUUGGGAAAAACGGGUCACCAAAUCCGCCCGUCGCACCUCCGCUUCAUCUCUCACUGUUCUCGUCACCGGCGCUUCCGGUUUCGUCGGUACUCACGUCUCCCUCGCUCUCAAACGACGCGGAGAUGGCGUCAUCGGGUUAGACAAUUUCAACCGCUAUUAUGACCCUAACCUCAAACGCGCUCGUCAGAAAGUACUCUCACGCACCGGGGUUUUCGUCGUUGAAGGUGAUAUCAAUGACGCUUAUCUCCUCCAUAAGCUCUUUGAUGUUGUUCCUUUCACGCACGUGAUGCAUCUUGCUGCUCAAGCUGGGGUUCGUUACGCUAUGCAAAACCCUAAUUCGUAUAUUCAUAGCAACAUUGCAGGUUUUGUUACUCUUCUAGAAGCUUCUAAGUCUGCCAAGCCUCAACCUGCGAUUGUUUACGCUUCUUCGAGCUCAGUUUACGGGUUGAAUUCGAAGGUUCCGUUUUCUGAAAAGGAUCGGACUGAUCAACCAGCGAGUUUGUAUGCGGCUACGAAGAAAGCUGGUGAAGAAAUUGCGCAUGCUUAUAAUCAUAUUUACGGUCUUUCGGUUACUGGUUUGCGUUUCUUCACUGUUUAUGGUCCUUGGGGUCGACCUGAUAUGGCUUAUUUCUUUUUCACUAAGGAUAUUUUGAAAGGGAAACAGAUUACUGUGUUUGAAUCGCCGGAUGGAGGUAGUGUUGCUAGAGAUUUUACCUACAUUGAUGAUAUUGUGAAGGGUUGUUUAGGGGCUUUGGAUACUGCUAAGAAGAGUACUGGUUUUGGUGUUGAUGGGAAGAAGAAGGGGAAUGCACAGUAUAGGAUUUUUAAUUUGGGUAAUACUUCGCCGGUUCCGGUUACGGAGCUUGUUAAUAUAUUGGAAAAGCUUUUGAAUGUGAAGGUGAAGAGGAAGGUGAUGCCGAUGCCGAGGAAUGGUGAUGUUAAGUUUACUCAUGCUAAUAUAAGCCGGGCGCAAAAGGAGCUUGGUUAUAUGCCUACUACUGAUUUGGAGAGUGGACUCAAGAAAUUUGUGAGGUGGUAUCUUGACUUUUACUCUCCUUUAAAGAACAAAAGUGCUUGGUGAUUUGAUUUCCUUUGUUUUGCUUUUGUUCUGUUCUACAUUCCCUUGUUUCUCUUCCUUAUAUGGAUGCAGUGUGCCAAUUGUGUUGGGGAACUGAGGGAAGAACUAGUAUAUAGUAUUACGGUCUUUUAAUUUUUCCGUUAGUUUUAUAUUUGAUGGACUUUAAUCUUCCUAUGUAUGACUUUUUAUGUUAACCAUUGUACAGUUUUAUUGAGUAAUUGAGGCACUGAUUGACUUUUUA